AUGGCUGCGCCUCCAAGCGAGAACGGGGGGUUUCACUUUAGGUUCCGUAUCUCCAACCCAAAGCCCCCAAAGACCUUGCAAAGAUUCUCGGAAGACCGAAUAUCUCAAGCAGCGGACGAGCGUCUUCCGCCACCUCCGCCACCGUCAAUACGCCAGCUAGACCCCCCUCAAAGUGGAGCCAUUCGAUUGAACUGCCGAUUUGGUGAAGUGCGAAUCGGAAUUUAG